UUCCUCAGAUACUUCCUUCUUCUUUCUCUGUCUCUGGGAAUAAAAGAAGACAAAGUUCUUCUCUUUUGUUCCGAAGGUUUUGAGUUUUGUAAGCCGAGUAGCUGCAAGAGGAUUGGCUAGUAGAGGGUAUAUACAUCUGAUCAAGAUAUGAAUCGUAAGGUGCGUCAGAGAGUUGAUGAAGAUGGUAAGGAUAAGAGUCGUAAGGUGCGUCAGAGAGUUGAUGAAGAUGGAUCGGAUAUGAGUCGUAGGGUGCGUCAGAGAGUUGAUGAAGAUGGUAAGGAUAAGGUUGGUGGUGCACCAAGCUAUCUUCUGACUGGUGAUGAGGAUGCAGCACCAAAGGUUCAAGAGUCGUCUAAGGAUUGGUCUAGUCUGACUUACGACCUGAUGCUUCACGUGUUCACUCUACUGGACAACCGCGACCGAGCUAGCUUAGCAUCCACCUGUACGACAUUGAGAAGCCUCGGUGCUUCUCCUUACCUCUGGAGUUCUUUGGAUCUUCGCGCUCACAGGUUUGAUGAUUCAGCAGCAGCUUCUCUCGCAGAUAGAUGUGCUGAUCUUGAGAAGGUUAGGUUUGAUGGCCUUGACUCCGCUGCCGCCUUGGUUAAUCUCAAAGCAAGGAAGCUGCGUGAGAUAACCGGCGAAUCUUGUGAGAACCUAACAGAUGCUACGUUGUCUAUGAUCAUUGCACGCCAUGAAGCUCUUGAGAGCCUCGAGCUUGGACGAGGCUUCGGCGAUAGGAUCACUAGCCAGGCUAUAAAGAUAAUAGCCAUUUGCUGUCCCAAACUUAAGAAACUCCGUAUCUCUAGAAUGAUAGACGUUAGCGCUGAGGCGAUUCUAUCUCUGGCCGAGCACUGCCCCCUGCUAAGCGAUGUUGGAUUCUUGGAUUGUCUGAACAUCAACGAAGAAGCCUUGGGGAAAGUGAUUUCUCUUCGCUACCUCACCGUCACCCGGACGUUAAACAUGGACUGGAGAGCUGCAGCAGAGAGUUGGGGGAAGCUUCCGAACUUAACCGGUUUGGAUGUCUCGAGAACCGGCGUUGACCACGGGACGGUUUCGAGGCUGUUGACAUCGUCUAAGAGUUUGAAAGUUGUGUGUGCUUUAAACUGCCCCGUGCUCGAACACGAUGCAGAUUUCAACCCUGGUAGAUUCGAAGGAAAGCUCUUGAUUGCUAAGUUUAAUGACACUUUAAAUGGGAUUGCUUCUCUAUUUUUCGAAGAUAACUCAUCAAAGAUGAUGCCAGAGGAUGAUACAAGGCGUUGGCUCGAGGGGAACCUUUCUCGCACUCUUCUAUCUUUGACAGAAAGCAACUUACUAGGAUUGAACGGUUUCUGGCAGAAGGAUGGAGCUAAGUUGUUUCUUAGGCUAAUGCAAAGCUCGCAAGAGGAAGUCCAAGAGAGAGCAACCAGAGGACUUGCAUCUUUCAUCCAUUUGAGUGAUGACAGUGAUAGUAUAUACCGCGAAAGAGCCGAUUCAGUUGUGCGUCAUGGAGGCAUCCCGAUUCUGUUUAAACUUGCUGAAUCUUGGAAAGAAAGUUUCCAGUCGGAAGCUGCCAAGGCUAUUGCGAACUUGUCUUUGAAUGCUGAUGCUGCAAAGGCUGUUUCUGAAGAAGGAGGGGUCAGUGUUCUUCUCGGUUUAGCCAAGUCUAAGAAUAGACUUGUGGCUCAAGAAGCUGCUGGUGCAAUAUGGAAUCUCUCUCUUGGAGACGCAUAUAAGGCCAUUUCACGAGAUGGAGGAGUGAAUGUGUUGAUGGAUCUUCUCUUUAGAUGGUCAUAUGAAUAUGGUGAACUUAUGGAGCGUGCUGCUGGUGCAUUAGCUAAUUUAGCAGGAGACGACAAGUGCAGCAUGGAUAUUGCAAAAGCAGGAGGUGCGAAUGCCUUGGUGACGCUGGCUCGAAACUGCGAGUAUGAAGGAGCACGAGAACAUGCGGUUCGUGGUUUGGCUAAUCUGGCUGCUCAUGAUGAUAGCAACAAUAACAAUGCUGCUAUUGGAGAAGUGCCUCGUGCCUUGGAAACUAUUAUUCAGCUGACGAGGUCCCGUCAUGGUGGUGUUAAACAAGAAGCUGCUGGUGCUCUUUGGAAUUUGGCAUACGAUGAAAAUAAUAGAGAAUUGAUUGCUGAAUUGGGUGGUGUUGAAGCCUCGGUGGCACUUGCCAACUCCUGUAUGAAUAAUAAUACAUCAAGGGAUCUGCAAAAGAGUGCAGCUGGUGCUCUUUGGAGUCUAUCAAACUCAGAAGACCACAGCAUUGUAAUCGGACGUGAAGGUGGUAUACCUCCUCUAGUUGCUCUUGCACGAUCUCAAUAUGAGGAUGUGCAUGAAGUUGCUGCAGGAGCUCUAUGGAAUCUUUCUUUUAAUCAUGUCAAUGCUCUCCGCAUUGUGGAGGAAGAAGGAGUUCUAGCGCUUGGUCGCAUGUGUACUUCUUCUCCUUCCAAAAUGGCUCGUUUCCUGGCAGCAUUAACAUUAGCAUACAUCUUUGAUAGAAGGAUGGAUGAAAGUGUAAGGGCUUCUCCUAAACACUUGGCUAAUGUUAGAAGAAGCGGGCUUAAAUACAUUGAAAGUUACAUUAACACUUUCAUGGAUCCACAAACCCUUGCAACUGCUGCUUCAUCUUAUACUUCAUCUAUGUUAGCAAAAGUAUUGAAGAGAGUUCGUAUCCCAGAAGUUGACAUCUUGAGAUGUAGUGAUAAAGAAAUUGAAAGGUUUGUUACAAUGCUGCGUAACCCUUCUCCUGUACUCAAAAAAAUUGCAGCCUUUGCGCUUCUCCAGUUCACAGUACCGGAAACUAGUCACGCCGAGCAUCAUGCAAGCUUGAUGCAUGACACUGGAUAUCCUAAACUUUUGCGUAUUGCUGCUGCAGCUACAAGUAUGCCUCAUGAAGCUAAGAUCUUUGCGAAAAUUGUGCUUCGCAACCUUGAGCAUCACCAGCCAGAAUGUUCAAAAGGAAAGAGAGUAUCAACUUCUAAAUAGGAUUCGGGCGCCUAUUUCAUUAGCAUUUCUUUAGUGAAUAGACUAUUUAUGUAUCUCUCAGACCAUAAAAAUCAAGACGGAAGCAAAGAAUCAGAGGUACAUCAAGACUAUGGUCUCAGAAGAUGUUUGAUCCAUAUUAAAGACAAGA